AUGCCUAUAUGGACGCGUGGAAACUACGUGCCCGAAACCAGACCGUUCGAGCCUCCCUACUUUUUCCGCAUCAGUCAGUGCCACAAAUGGGGCAAGGUUACCGACGAGAUGCGCGGCGACGAGCUUCUCUGGAGGACGUACUGGAAGCGCUUCAAUACCGUGGAGAUUCCCAUAUUGCCACAGGAUGAAUUCUUCGACACCGCACUAUCAAUUGCCGAGCUUGCAGGCGGCCGUCGGGAAGACUUUGAGAGGCUAUUCGAAGAAAAGAACAAACAAAGGUGGGGGGAGGUCAAGAGACUGCUGGGCAAGACCCAGUAUCACGCUGAACACAUUCUCAAAGGCAAUGCCUACGGAUAUGAGGCGGAUGUUAUAUGCGAUGGAUCCCGGGACAAUGCGCUCAACAGCCCUGACGAGCAGACGCAGGUCCCUGAUGACGAGUAUUUCGACAAGGACGGCAUGCCACGGUCGCAGAGGUUCAACUAUGACCCCGACAUCUGUUUCUAUGAGGAGCCCUCGACCCAGGACUGGAGAGAACACCUCAUGGCGGAUAAUGUUUUCUACAUAGGCUCGUACACCGUCGAGUAUGCGCCCCCCGAGUCGAACGAUGGCAGCAGAGGAGCUCCGAAUCCUGAGAUCGGGGAGAACCCCUCCAGGUCGCCGCUUCGGUCACACAACCCAUCUACUCCGGAAACCCGACAUGAAGAAAAGACGACACAAACAACGACGCAGAAGAAGCGGAAGCGAAAGAGUGUUCGCUUUGAUGAUGUCGAGAUCGACAAACUUCAGCACCAACAGCAACUGGGCACCGACGACGAACACGAUGAUGAUGAUCGUGCGGGCAAGCGCGCCAGACUGGAUGUUUCAUCACCACCCGCCUCAUCCCUUGCCCGGCCGGCUGCGGAUGACAGUCACCUCGUGUAUCCUCCCCUAAUCAGACAUCUACAGCCCAAAGGGGACCCAGGAGAAAACCGCGAUACAACAAACGCUACGACCACGGGCGCACACACCAAGGCCUAGAAGAUCCUCUUCCCUGCCCACCGACACCAUCCGCUUCUUCCACAACAGCUACAGACUCGUCAGCAUCUCGAAAGAGGUCAAGACAGGACGACGAUCACGACAAUGGCUUCAAACGACAAAAGAUAGAAGAUUCCACUGGCCAGACGCUGCCAUCUCUCAGCUCAUCUUCUACACAGCAGACUGCGGACAAAAGAUUGGACGACAAGAAAGAAGAAGCUCACGAGGGUAGAAAACGGAGAGUCUCAAGUACACGUCAGUCACGCAACAGUCCUACUCCGGCCGCGCGACCUCUCAAUACUAGGUCUAGAAGGAGGAGCGGGCCAUCUUGCCUCAUGGAACUGGACCAAUCUGGCAAGGCUCGGUCAGUGUGACAUUACUUAUUGUCAUUAUACAGCUCGAAAGGUGCAGAAGAAGGGUCCUG